AUGCGUCGCAUGCAGGCUGGGCCGAUUCGUGGUGCUCGUGUUCAUGUCGUUGACCGCCGGAACCCAUUGGCGGCGUCAUCAGGUUGGGAGAUCGUAUCGUGGAAACGAAUGUGGUAUGUCCUCCGAGUGCUCCUCCAAAACGCCAAGAAAAUAAACAAGAAGUGUGCAAUGCUGCUGGAGCGCGACAAGAAGCUUUAA